UAUUAACUGUGUAUAUUUGGCGCUCAAAUAUGAAUAGAAUGCUUAAGAACAAGGAAGUGAAAUAGAGAAAGAAACACAAAUGCGGUGAAAUGGGCAUCUCGCCCAUUGUCUUAACGCUGUAGCUUAGGGUGUCUUCACCGACGUCCGCGACCCGAGUAUAAAUAAGGAAACUGCGUCGCUGCAUUCAUUUCAGUUAUAUCAAUCUGUGCAUGGGAUUACCGUCAGUCUGCGAUUUCAUUUUUCAAAAUGGCGAUGUCUUCGGACUCUAGUGCUGUUCAGGUUGACACUGAAGGGGAUGUUUCAACACUACAAGGCGUAAAAAAUCUGCAAGGAGAACACACCCUUAAGUCAUUUCUGACUGUUAAAGUGUUGGAAGUUUCGGCUCCAACAUCAUACACCUCAAAGAAGAAGGGAGCGAGUCAAAUGGUGACCGCCAAAAUUGCCGACUCUACAAGUCACACAGAGGUGCAUUUGUAUGACGCAUCAAAAUUUCCGUUAUUUAAGGAAGGAGAAGUACUCAUCCUGACGGAUUUUGUUAAGAAGGAAGAUGGAUCUCUGGUUGUAACUCAGGUUUCCAAUGUGUUCACUACCAACAAAGAAAUGGUAACAGUCCCCAAAGAGGUCUUAGAAGAAGCAACAAAGAAACCAGACUGCAUGCCUAUAUUGAGUGCAGCAACAUCCCCUCAUAGAACUACAGUCUCUAUCAAAGGGAAAGUUGUCCUUGCAUGUGCACCUACCACUAAGAGACUACGCAACACUAGAGAAGAAGUCCCUUUUAAGAGACUAAAGGUCAAAGAUGGAAGUGGAGUUGUUAACGUAGCCUUAUGGAGGGAAUUUGCAGAUACACCAGUAAAGCAAGGCUGUUAUGUCGCCCUUCAUAAUUUUACGACAACACAAACCUUUGACAUGAAAACAAAGGCACAAAAACCUGUUCUCUCCAACAGGUCAUCUCAAUCAGCAGUAGAGUUCAUUCCUUCGUUUGCUGAGAUAUCUGAUGACGACCAAGAUAGUGAAGAGGAGAGUGCAGUUAUGCCAACUGGAACCAUAAUUGGAAUUGAAAGCCUCUUCACUUACAGGUGCUGCCUCAUCCCAAAGUGCUGCAAAAAAAAGGUAGGAGAGGAUUUCCGGUGUCCGAAUUGCGCAAUUCAAUAUACUGUGAACUCGGCAGGGUAUGCUGGCAUUCUGAAGGUUCUCAUUAAUUGUGAGAACAAAAUGAACGUUUUUACAGUAUUUACUGACGGACUAAUACAACUAUUGGAAUCAAUGAACUUCAAGUCAGACUUGAGCAACAAAGAUGAGACCUUGUGCAGCCUUAAAUCUGCAAUGCCAAUAAGAGUAAAAUUCGCUUUCAACAGUAACAAAAUUACAACCAUUAAGAAGUUUUAAAACUGCAGUAAAACAAGUGCUCCUUAAGAGAUUGCCCUUCCUGCUUCUGGUGACUUAUUGAAACAUGAUUGAUUUUGAGAAUAAAAUCAAUGUAUGCAGGUUUUACCAUGGGACUUGAGAUAAUUGAAGUACAGGAACUUUAACUCAGACUAAAACAACAAAAAUGAGACUUUUAAGCAACUUCAAACUGUGAUGUGAAAUUUUUAGCUAUCAAUAAGAAUAUUACAAAGCAUCAAAAGUUUUACAACUUUUUAAAAUCAUUUUAAAACAAAAAAAAAAAAACCCAUAAUGCUACUUGACAUUAUUACUUGUAAAAGAGUGGUUAUUAAAUAUGAUGUAACUUUAAAGCUUCAUAUUAUAAGUUCAUUACUGGUUAAUGAUUGCUUCUGAGUUUUUUUUUUCUUCUUCUUUUGUAUAUAUAUUUUUAGCAUAGUUGUUCAUUUCUGUUUCGAAACUUUUUAUUUAGUAUCUUUUAUAACAGUUUUUGUGUUAUUAAAUAAAGAUGCAUAAAAUGUUAAAAAAUGAAAAAUUUACUGUUCACAAUUCUCAUACUUUAGGAUUGUAUAUGCAGUUGAUAUUAAUCAGUUAACAUACCAGAUGUUUUUUCCUUUUUUUUUUAAAUUAAUUCCUUAUUUGUUUAAUAGUGAAUUUCUGAAUGCAUCUUGUGUAAAUAUUUUUUUUCACAACAUAGCCAGUUUGUCCAUUUUUUGAUGUAGUUUUUUUUUUUUUUUUUUAGAAAAAAGCCAUAAGACUAGUUAGCAAAUUUUUUAUGUGUACAAGAGGGUGCUAUAUGUUUUUGAUAUUUUAUAUAUUGCCUGUUUUUAUAUGCAUUGCCUAAUACAUUCAAAGAGGUGGUUUUCUUACAGUAUUUACAAGAUAUUGAUCAUUUCAUUGCUACUGUUUACUAAAAUUUUUUUAGUCAAACAUUGUGAUAACUUGCAUUCCUUUUUAUACAUUUAUAUUAUAUAAGUACAUUUCAACUGAACUUUUAAAAUCUGUAAAACUCAGGUAACUCAUAUACUUUUUGUACAUGUUGUUUAAAUUGUUAACCAACAGAUUAACUGAUAGUAGAAUAGACAUUGUUCAAUUUUUUUUACUCAUGUUUGUUUCUGUUUUGUUUAUUACUUGAAUAAACACAAGUAUU